AUGUCAUAUUCUGUUCAACAAAAAGUUGAGUUAGCAGCAGAAGCUUCUCGUCUUAAACAAUUGUUAGAAGACCAAGAAAGAGAACUUGAACAAUGGAAAGAAAUUUACCAGAAAUUACUUGAAAAAUUAGGAAAUAUCAAAAAUGAUAUAGCUGAUGCUGUAAAAGAAUCUCUACCUGAAAUCUUAAAUGAAUCACUUAAAGGUGUCAAUAUCG